GUGACGUCAUAAAGCGGCGCCGUGCUCUUCAUCUGUUGUGAUUCGGCUGAAGAAAGGUUUGUGAGCACAAAGUAUCCAAACACGCAGAAAAAAAUGGCGUUAAUUACAGAGGAGACUGAAGACAUGAAGAUUGAAGAAACAUUCAGAGUCAAACAUGAAGAUACUGAAGAACAAACAGCAUUGAGCAUCAAACAUGAAGAUACAGAGGACCAAACAAAGACGCCAUUUAUUAAAGAAGAGAGUGAAGACAUGAGGAUUGAAGAAACACAUGAAGAUACUGAGAAACAAACAGUCAAAACAGCAGGUUCAACUGUGCGUCAAUGCCCCCACUGCCGGAACAAGAUGAAUUGCCGAAACCGGCGUUGUGUUAAGUGUGGAAAAUUGCUCGAUUUUAAACACAGACAAUCAGUACGAUUGGCAAAGUUUCGUGCCCAAGCCCAACAGUGGGCAACAACAACUAUUAAGUCUCGAAAUCAAUCAAAAGUUCUCGACAAUCUAACUGUCAUGAUGGAAAAGCUUAAAGCUCUUGGAUAUGUCCCUCUUCUUUUACUGGGGAAAUGUUCCAAGGCCCAAAAGUGGACAGCAGAGGUUCAGUGUCCCCUUGAGUUCCCACCUGAGGGACAUGGUGUGAUGGAAAAAAUGCUCAUACUUUUUGAGCAUAUUUUACAGGCAAAUCAUCUGUCAACAUGGCAGCAAAAAGAAAGCACCAAAAAAGAUGGACGCAGAACAAUGUCUGGCCAAAAAAAGGACCUGGCAGCAAGUCAAAAUUAGGAACAAGAACAUUUUGCAGGCUGGAUUUAAAAAAAAGGCUUGUAUGUCUGGUCCUCAAACACAAGACUUCACCACAGCAGAAGAGCUGAAUAAAGGGAAGCCAGUGAUGGAAGGGAUCCAGGGAGGGACAGACACUGACUCUGGCCCUGCAAGAGAAACUGACCUCUUC